AUGAAGAUAAGAACACUUGUGGGCUUGAUUGGCACUUACAGCGUAGGUCAGAAAGUUUCCCAAGUUCAGUUGAGAAAAAAAAGCCCCCUAUGUUACAUUUCUUUGAAAUUUUUAUUGACUUGUCAGUCUCUCUUGCAACAGUUAUUGCCUUUGACAGAGGGUCAUAGUUAGGUGGACAACCAGCCAUUUACCAAUCACCAAAUAGUUGAGUCAGAAGACAUCUGUUUUUUUAACAAUAAAAUUAUUCAAAAUAACCUGCAAAAGACUCCACUUGUCAAGAAUGUAGUGGAUUACUGUGAUAUACAUCGUUUACCAUAAAAACGAACCGAAAUAAAACCAUCUCUAAUCCUGCACCGCUAAGCUCGUCUGCACUGCGGGCUCCAUUAACAUCUUGUUUGUUGGCUAAGACCGGCAGAGGAAGGGAUUCCAGGGAGGAGUAGGACAGGACUUCUUGUAAUUCAGCUGCCGCUAAAUCCACAUUACCAUCAUUGCAACAGCUGUCCACUACAAACACCUGCAAAUUAUUGGUUGUUGAAUCGGAUUUUAAUAUUCACUCAAUAAUCCUUAUUUUAAAAAUUCCAGGAUCCUCCUAUCCAAAAUAAACAUCUUCCAUUGUUUGUUAUAAACAGACUUUUCAAAUAAAGGAUUACUUUGUUCCUUCAAACAUUAUUUAGUUAUAUCUGUAUCAACAGGUUUGUUUUCCACCAUUUUCUCAUGUGUGGCUUACUUUGAUCCUCUCAGGAACGGGAAGGAGCAAGGCACACUUCCUACCCAGCUGUUAUGUCCAGAAACGUAUGCAGAAAUGAAAAUGGCAGAUUUAAUUAGAUUUCGUCAAACCAAGUGAAUGUUCAUGAAUUCGACGAUUUUCGAAAAUUUUAGUCAAAUUCGUCAAAGCAAAAUCAGCUUAGCGGAAUUGAAAAUUUUGACGAGUUUUAGUCAAAUUUAUCCAGCGAAAUCAGCUUGGGGGAUUUGACAAUUUUGACAAUUUUCCGUUACUACAUCCAUUUCUGGACUUAUUUAUUUGGAGAAAUGUUUGUGCAGGGUGUAUCCAGUUCUACAUAGGCUGUUUUAUGUGAUUACAUAAAUGUAAUAUUAAAAGAUAUAGAUUGGUACAAGGCCUUCUAAUAAGUAGCGUUUAAUUAGUCUGUAGUCGUAGGUGUGGUUAAAAUAUAUAACAAAAAUAAAUCAGGAGUCUGAUUUAUUGAUCACGAGUAUCAAUAGAGACAGAAUUGUGCAACAGAUUUUCCUGAUACUAAUUCAUCAAAACUGAUCAACACAUUUACAAACCCCUAUCUUUGACAACAACCUCAUGAGGAUGCUUCAAAGAUUUUCACCAGGGUCGCACGCUCUCAAAGUAUGUAAACACCAUUGUAACACCACUUCUGAGAAAUAUUUUAUAAAAGCAAAAGAGGAUGUUUUUCAUGUUUACAAGGCCUUAUCUACAGACUUGCAGGGUUGGGAAAAUUCGUGAAAGUUUGCAAAACUUUCACAAAUUUUCCCAGCCCCCCUUGUGUUCAGAUGAGACUAUGUAAGCACAGAAACUGAAUUCCUCAUUGGCUUAGCUCUAAAAUAAGCUUAGGUUUUUUUCUCAAUUUCCACUGAGCUCCUCCAAAGUAGUGUGGCAGUAUUUUCUGAUUUUUUGUCUCCACGUAUUAUGCAAAGUGAGAUAAAUUCAUGAACAAAUAAUUUCAUUCAUUCAGAAAAAUUCUACCAUCAGUACCAUAACUAAAAUGACGAUCAUCUGAAAUUCAAUAACUAAAAAGAUGCACGCUGCUAAUUGGUUUUUCGGUAAGUCAACUCCUUUGGUCAAAGUAUUCUAAAUUUGUGCAAGAAAUGCCCUGAUUUCAGUUUCUUUAUAAUUGUACACUUGAAAACUCGCUCCCUUUAACUCCAGCCUCUUUGGAUUUCUUUGAAAGUUGUGAUCUAUUAAGAGUUAUGAUCGUUGUUAUUACAAGUAACUUUGCUGUCAUAUACUUACCUCCAAGUUCUUUAACAUUUAGAAUAGCACUGGGUAGCUGAACAGCUUUCACAGAGAAACCUAUCGUAGCCAUUUCAGAAAUACAUUACUGAUUUAGAGUACCGCUGAGCGUAUGCCAAUCAUUUUUGUACAAGGUAAUUUCCUGAAUUGAAUCAAAAAGUUAACAAGGGUGGUUUGUAAAUAUCUUCUACUCAGAAGUAAGGGAUACUGCCUUGAUAUACAACCAAAUUCUUCCUACUAGCCCAUGAAGCAGUGUCACUAAACAAACUGGGAGAAUCUUUUCUCUGAUUCUGAGGGUAAAAUGGUUAUCAUGUGUUCACCAACAUCACUAUAAAUAAACUUUUUCCGACAUUUAGCAAAUGUCAACUCAAAGUGAUAAAUCUGAAAAGUAUAUUCAAACAUAGACACUCGCAAAAAGAGCUUACCAACAGUGGGCUCAAGUUUUUUCAGAAUUGUCCCACUCAGCUUUGCAAACAGCAUUGACUUGCCAGCCUGUCUGAUUCCAAUUGCAAUCACAGAGUAUGAUGGCUUGGGUGAGAAGGUUCCUUGUUGCAGACUGUUUGAUAAAACUGUACAGUAAAAAUACAGUCUCUCUUUCCUAACGUGAUACAUGAAGGCCAACUGACCCAACCUCCUGAUACAUGCGACAAAUUACAUCCAAGGGGGCUGGUUAAAUACAAUCUUUAUAAGGGGGUGAGGGGUGGGGAGAAGGAGGAGGUAGUUUUCAGUAAAAGGGUUAUUUUUUAUGCCAAUAAAAUCUCUCCACAAAAUGAACCUUCACCAUAAAUAUGUGCAUCCCGUCCUCUGGACAGAAGAGAGAAGAAAAGAAAGACUGUACAACCAGUCUCCCAGUCAUACAUGCAUGCUCCCAUAUAUCUCCAUGAUGAGAGAAACUUUUGGACAGCUCAUUUGUCUGCCAAUGUAGGCCAUGUGAACUGAAUACCUGUCAAAUGUUGUUGUCUGUGGUCUUUCGAAAUGUAUGCUGAGAUCAAAAGCUUUCUUUAGCGUCGUUUGGAUUAAAGGUUGAAAAUUUUAAUGAAGACCAUAAAUGAGGAAAUUUCUGUGUAUUUCAACUAGCAUUUGCGAUUUUUUCCUAAACAACGUGCUUUACACACUAACUGGAUAGUAUUAUAAAUUACACCUUGAAAUAAAUAUUAACAACGUUUAGCUUCUCGUGAAUUUAUCUCGGAGACACCAACUCGAUAAACGGUAGAUUUGCUAACUUCCUCGUUAUCUUUUCUCAAGUCGUUAACAAAGUUUCUGGGUGUGGAGAUCUACUUUUCAUAUUGGAACCCUUUUCAAGACGGUAAGGUGAUGGAGCUUAUCGCUCUGCGUGGAUUUUCAUCAAUUUUAUAUUCCUCUUUAAGUUAAGGUCGCCACUUGAAAAAGUAACUCAACAGACAUUUCAGAUAUCGAGUGAAGUACAAAGGAACGAUCUCUUGAUGUCUUGCAAAGUCACGGCGGGAAUAUUCAAGCGUUUAAAGAGGGCUCUAAAAGAGCUACAUCAAAGACGUGACACUCUGAAAUCCAGAAAACAUAGUUAG